AUGUUAAUUCAUUAUCUACUGCAUUACAACCAAAACAUAAACAAUCUCCAAAAGAAACUUGUGAUUCCAUUUGCAAAGCUUUUAAAAAUAAAUUGACUAUGGCGAGACGGCUGAUCAUAGAGUGCGUUGUCUUUCUGUACACAAUAAUUGUUCAAUGUUUUCAUGUGAUUAAGUCAUUAUUUCUUCCUUUGAAAAAAAAUGUUAGAAAUGAAAUUGUAUUAAUAACGGGCGCUGGAAGUGGACUUGGUCGUUUAAUGGCUUUACGUUUCGCGUCUCUUGGUUCUACUGUCGUCUGUGUUGAUAUCAAUACACAGGCGAACGAAUCAACUGCAAACCAAAUUAAAUCGGAAGAUGGAAAAGCAUUCGCUUUCACUUGUGACUGUAGCAGUCGAGAGGAUAUUUAUAGAGUUGCAGAAGAUAUAAAGGCGAGUGUUGGUGAUGUUACGAUACUGGUAAAUAACGCAGGAAUUGUUAGUGGAAAGAAAUUCAUGGAAUUGUCUGAUAUAAUGAUCAACCAGACAUUUGCAGUUAAUACUAUGGCUCAUUUUUGGACAGUGAGAGCUUUUCUUCCAUCAAUGAUCACAAAGAAUCAUGGACAUAUCGUAAGUAUAGCUUCAUCAGCUGGCCUUGUUGGGAUAUCAAACCUCACAGAUUAUUGUAGCUCAAAAUUUGCUGCAGUUGGAUUUCACGAAUCCUUACAGUUGGAGCUAGCAUCCCUUGGAAAACAUGGUAUAAAUACUACUCUUAUUUGUCCCUAUAUCAUCAACACUGGAAUGUUUGAUGGUGCAAAGUCAAAAUUUUCCAGGUUAUUGCCAAUUCUUGAUCCCAUCAAAACCGUUGAUCAAAUGAUGGAUUGCAUUUUAAGGAAUGGAAACGUGCUUAUCAUUCCCAAGAUUUUGUGCUUUCUUCUUCUUUUGAAAAGUUUUCUUCCACAGAAGUCAUUUGUAACCAUGUCGGAGUUUUUUGGAGCCAGUUCUUGUAUGAAUGAAUUCAAAGGAAGACCUAAGAAAAAAUUGAUAAAGAUGAAUGACAGAUUUCUAAAAUCUAAUACUGCGUGUGUUUAAAGCUUCAGUAUAUCCGGUUAAAUUCUUUUCAGGUUUUAUUUUCAUUAUAAUUUGAAAUAAACUAUUUUGGUGUUCCACUAA